AUCUGGAAUUUCCGGGGUAUUGUUUUGUGGUUCUUUAUUAUCUCCACUCAUGAACAGACUCGGAAUGACCGUUUAACUAGAACUCCUCGUUUUAAAGAAUAGUUAAAAUACAUAGAAUUACAUCGAAAGCUCACUAAGACCAGCGGACAUGUGGGAAAGCACAGCGAACUACAUAAGUAGUUAAAUCAAGUAAAGUUAUCUCAUGAAAAACUUUUCUAAAAUAUAAGCUUUCUUAGAAAAAUUAGUUUAGCACUUGUAUCAUUCAGAUGUGUGUCCUUACUUGCUUGGCAACCACGAAUUGUAUUUCUCAUUUUCAUACUUACGUUGUGAGUACGACACAAAUGCUAACGAAGAUUAGUGACUUAAUAGCUGAUAGUCAGUUCAGAGAUCUUCCAUUGCGUAUAAAUAAUUAGGUUGCCAGUGUUCUGUUCCAUUUUGCCUGCGAAGUAUUUUUUUAGUUUGUCCAUUAAGUAUUGUCCGAACUAUCUGUCCUGCAUUUUCUGAGUAGUACUUAUACUGUAUUUUCUUCUUCAUUGUGGUUUAUGUGUGCACGAAGUCAAUAAUAAGCAAAAUGGUGACUGAAGUCUAUGUAUUCUCUCUUGGAAGGCUAGUGUAUGUUUCGCUUUUCUGUAUCGAUAAUUUGAAGUGAUAUAAUCUGCUCAUCUGCUGUAUUGUUUGUUUCAGUUACAACUUUAAACAGUAGUGGAUAUCAUCACCUUUCGAAUUUUCGAUAUACCAUUCCUAAUACUCAGCACGCGUUACUUUCAGCUGAAAUUCAGUUGAAAAUUGCUCUUAUUGCUUUAUGUAUAUCUGCAUGAUUAUGAGAAGCUUUUGUGGAGUUUGGUGUAUAAAUUGUUCUAGCAUUCAUCAUUGGCUAGAUGUUGAUUUACUGACCAUGUGUACUCAAUCCGUGCCUUUUUUGGAGACAUAGCGGUUUAUAAUUUGUAAGUUUUAGUAACUGAAGUCGUUUAACAUAAGGCUCAAACACCAAAAGCAGGUUUUCAGGGGGCUGCGAAUAACAACCCAUAAGGUGCGGUUGUACAUACGAAGAUGAAGCUAAUGGGUAAGGUUAGUAACGGAAAUAGAAACUAGACGACACCACGUUUAACGCUACAAUUAACAUUCAAAAUGAUUAAAGGUAUGCACACUGUUAUCAAUUCGUGGUGGCUCACUAGGCGAUUAAUAGCUUUUUAUUUGUGUAAGUUAAACAUUUAGUUGGGUCAGUAUUUUUUGUUUCGUAGACCUGUAUUCAUUUGUGCAAAGCCUGAUAGACAACUGUUCGAGUCUGAUCCGUCAUGGCCUUUUUGUAUAUUGAGUUCACAUAUAUGUACAUUGUUUUUGAGUUACCAUGAUAAAUAUCACAAUAGGUACAGUUGGGUUGUUUUAAAUGAAGUGUAUUUCACAACGUUCGGAAAAUGACAUUACUGAUGGUGAUGUUUGUUUGUGAAAAACACCUAAUUUUUCACAAUAUAGUGCGAUUAGCAGCAAAACCUCGACCGUAGACUUGGAAUUUACUGCAUUCCAUCAGCACUCCCAAACUGACCGAACUGAAAUAGGAUAGCAAAUAAUAAGUGUUCCAUUUCAUUUUCCAUAAUAUCUUCAUCAUGAUAAGCUAGUUUCCUGAUCAAACCGCUUUGGUAGUGUUGUCACUAGAAAUAAUUUUAUCACUGAAAAGUGAUAUGAUCUUGUAGCCUAGCCAUUUAUAAUUUAUGGUCAUUGGGUUUGAUUAAGCAUUGCACUAUCGUAAUUCUUAUUGCCAAAACAUUACUCUGUUAUUCUAAACUGUCUUGGUAAUAUAAGUAAACGAAAGAUAUUAGUAAAGCUAUGUAAAGUGGGUAAUCUUUCAUACGCUCUCUAUAGAUGUGAAUUUAUCUUGAUGUUUCUCUAUAGAUGAGUCGCUUAGAUGACUUUAGAGAAGAUUGUUUCAGAGCACAUAAUGAAAAAAGACUUCUUCAUGGUGUAUGUGCCUUACGACAUAGUCUCGCUUUAGAUAAAACAGCCCAGGAUUGGGCCGAAGCACUAUUGUUGGAAGAUGGGAUAAAAAAUAGUCCACUUUCCAGUCGAGGUGAAGUUGGUGAAAGUAUCAGUGUACGCACAAGCACAGGAACUCAUGUGGAUAUGCAAGGUCAUGAAGUCGUAAAUACGUGGCAUUCAGAUGCCGAAAAUUAUAAUUAUGAAAACGGUAAAGGACCUGCAGGUAACUUUACACAACUGGUAUGGAGUUCAACUCGUGAAGUUGGCUUCGGCAAAGCCUGUGGUCCUGGAAAAUGUGUCGUUGUAGCCCACUAUCGUCCUCCAGGAAAUGUACUUGGUCGUUACCUAGAGAAUGUUUUUCGUCCAAAAGAAUUAGUGAAGGAGGGCGUUAAACAACCAAUACGUAACACGUUUGCUUUAAAUAAUGAUACUCCGAAGACAGUUAUUACUGAAACACUGACAGAAAGUGAUGGGAAACAGUACAAUGUUCGAAGAGAGAUCUCUGAAUUGACUGAUGAUAAAGGAAAGACAAGGCGAUGUGUCAACGAAGUGUAUACAGAUGCCUGUAAAGACCAGAAAAAAGCGGAAUCAAGUAUUUCACCAGACGGCCAUUUAGUUGAUAAUAGUAAGAAACUCCGAGAAUCCAUUCACUCAGUUGUUCAACUUCAUAAUCAAUAUCGUAGUCAACAUGGUUCCAAUCCUCUAGUACUUGAUCAAGAUCUUUCUAAUAUGGCACAACAAUGGGCUGAUCAUUUGCUUCAACAAUCUCAUUUGUCCAAUAGUGGAUAUGUAUAUCGUGGUAUGAAAGUCGGUGAAAAUUUGGGAAGUCGCUGGUCAAAUGGACCAAUGGAACAUAAUUGCAAAGACCUAAUUGAACAUUGGUAUCAAGAAUCGGAAAAAUAUAAGUUUAACUCUGAGCCGGAUAGUAUCCAGGGUAUAGGUAAUUUUACUCAAAUUGUAUGGUCAAGUUCUGAAAGGAUUGGAGUUGGUAUUGCAAGUCAAUCCUACAAAUCAGGAAAGGACUUGCAUAAAGAUUCGAAACUGAUUUUGGUUUGUUUGUAUCAUCCUCCAGGAAAUGUGACAAGUCAAUUUCAAAAUAAUGUUAAAAAAGCUGUCAAGUAA